UCUGUUGAAUUUUAUUGAGUGACAGCUAGCGAAGCCACAUAUACAAUAACCAGGAAAUAGUUUUCUAUAUAUGAUUUUUUAUAUAAGUGCAAGAUAUUAAAUAUGAAAAAGGAUAAAAAAUAUGAAAAGGCUCGUUGCGGUCUUUGUUUGGCCUGGAUGCCGAGCUUACAAAUUCUGAAAAUGCAUCUGAUUGCAGGACACUCUAAGGUUCAACUAGCUCGUGAGUAUUUAAAGCUGUAUAUUAGGCAAAUAUUCCCGAAAAUGUUCACUAAAAAGCGCCAAAAUGCGAAAAAAGAAGCGAAAUAUGACAAUGAUGUGUUUGACGCUGAAAAAACAGAAACAGUAUUUGCCAAUGAAAGUGUCCAAAUUUUAUGCAGGGAUAAUGAUAUAAUUAUUAGAGACGAUAAAAGCUCUGUUGAUAUGGAGUUUUCAUUUGAUGAGAAUUCGAGUGAUAUGGCAACUAAUAUAAAAUCGAAUAAUAAUAUAAAUAGUGAAAACUGGCCAAACAAAAAGUUGCUGAGACUGAAAAAGGAUGAAAAUACUGGCAUGAAGUUUGAAGUGACCACUUCGUCGAGCAGUGCUUCCAGCGAAGAUCAUUCAAACAAUAAGUUUUCAUUUAAAAAGCGAAUAAGAAAGAGAAGAAAUACCAGAGACAGCACUAGACAUUAUAAAAUUAACAUUAGUAGAUCUAGCAACGCCUUCAACAAUAUUAAUGCUGAUGUUUCCCAGUGCGACAAAAAACCCAACAAAAAAAUAUUUACGGAAAAUCCCAAAUUAGCGUCAGACACCGAAUCCGCCUCUGAUACCGGUAGAAGUUAUAGAAAACUAUUUUAUUGUCACGUGUGUGGCAACGGUUAUAAGGAUUGCAAAUUGCUUUUGGAGCAUCUUCAGGUCCACGAAAAUCGUUGCAAGUUAUGUAAUGAAAUGUUGGCGACAAGGGAACAAUAUAGAGAGCAUCUACAAAGCCAUCUUUUUAAGAUUUUCGUUUGUCACCUUUGUAACUAUGAGUUUCCCUUAAAACAUUUACUUCAUAAACAUUUAGAUAGUCAUAUUGAAGAUUCUGUGCUAGAGUCUGUUAUUGACAUGGAAGAAGAAUAUAAAGCUUCCCCGUGUAGACUGUCCUCCAACGCGCCAUAUGAAUGUAGUAUAAACAGCAUAAUGUGCUAUUUGUUAGGUGAUAACUUUUAUCGAGAUGCCAACAGUAACAUACUGUCUCAUAAAAUUUUUUGUGAUAUUUGUUUUACCGAAGUGUAUAAGGUGGACUACCAUACCCAUAUGCAAACUGUGCAUUGCGUUUAUGGUUAUAAUUGGCCCAAAGAGUGAAUAUGAAAGGGAACUUCAGGAUAAAUAUUUAUUUUUUUAAAUAUAUUAUAUUGGGUGUUUUAGAGUUGUGGUCACAAUUUCCUUUCAUCAAAAUUUGAAAGUUUUUAUAUAAACAUGGGUACAAAAAAGCCAGGAUAAAAAAAAAAUUACGCAUUUUUGCCUACUCCUGGACUAAUUAGAUUUGCUUCACAAAUUCCAGGUCUGGACUUAGCAAGGUUAUUUUUUGAAAAAAAAAUGAUGGUCCAGUGGUUCUUAAAACCGCGUGACCCACAAAUGAAGAAAACGUUACAAAAUAUGAAGACUAAGUCAAUGAUUAUAAUGCACACUAUUUUAAGCGUUAAUUAUUUAUCUUUGUACGCAUAGAAUAAUUACUUGGGCAAUAAACGCGUAAGCAUGUAAGUAAAAAUAAUUCUCAAGAGCCACUAUUGUUGCGCAGUUCGGCAGAAGCGCUUAAAAUUUUUAAUUAAAACCUAUUUUUUUUUAAAUUUGUAUCGUGAAAACGAAGCAUUUUUGAGAAUAAUAAAUAAUACAAUAGUUGUUACCGGAGUAUCCCUAUUUACCAUUUAUAGUGAAAUUUAAUUUAAACUAAAAUAUUUUUUCCUAAUUUUUGUUCAGACGAAAAUCUAUUCAUACGAAUUUUUAUCAAAUUUUGAUGAUUGGAAGCACACCUCAGGCUCUUGUCACCACAAAUCUAAAACUCCCUGUAUAAUUAUUAGUUAUAAGAAACUUUUUUUUGUUGUUACAAAUAGAAUCAAUUCUUUAAUUUCCGUUUUUUACAUUAUGGGAAUGUAUUCUUGAUUUUAGGCAUAUAUUUAUUAGAAAUUACAUUUAAUUUUAAAGAUGGCGGUUGUGAAGUUGUUUUUUUGUUUUAAAUAAAUAAAUAUAGCCUUUGUUAAAUAUAUACAAUUUAACAAAAAAAAUUAAGCAGGA